AACAAGACUGUUAUCGAUGUUUGGCGAUAGUUAUCCCACCUAUCGGGUAUAGUGUGACCGCAGACCGAGUUGAUUUAUUGGCAUGAAUUUCAACGACGAUCCACUGGCGGAUCUGCUGAGCGAUAAUAGCCUGGAUAAUGACAACUUUUUCGACGCUCCAGGGGGAGGAGGUCUCAAAAAACCGGCGAAACUGGCCAAGCCCAAGGGCAAACUGGAGGAUUUGUUUGGCAUUCAGGAGGAGACGGAGGCGGAUGUGCAGGGUCAGGGAUCGGGAGCCAGGACCAAGCCCAAUGCCACCAGCACACCAAGAAUUGUAAAGCAGAAGCCGUCGAUAUCUCUGGACGAUGAUCUGGCCGAGGACGAUGACUUGGGUUUCGAUCCCAAGCGACCCAAGAGUGGUGGUGCCAAGAAAAGCCUGUUUGAUGAUCUGCUAACCAGCAAUGUCGAGCCCAAGAAGAACAUCUUUGAUGAGAUUCUAUCUGGAGAUGCGGGCAAGCGUCCUGCCACCGCCAAGCCUUCGAUGUCCCGCCAAUCCACGGACACCACCACGGAUAAUUCGCAGGCGCGACCCAAGACUUCCACGGGCAGAAGGAGCUCCGCGCAAUCGGCCACCAUUAAUGCCGAUCCCCUGGGACUUUUUGGCAGGGAUACAAAUGCCACCGUUUCGGGCAUGUCCACGCCGGUUUCCAGGAAGCGGGGAACUACCGCCGAUUGGUUGGGUCUGGAACAGGAGCAAGAGCAGGAUCAGCGACCCAUGACGCCCAAACCACAAAGCCCUAAGAAGCAGUCCUCCAGUGAAGGUCCAUCGAAGAGUACAACCGAAAUUCUGCGCCUUCCCGACUCCGAUGAGAACGAAAUGGAGCCGGAACCGGAAAUGACUGUUGUACCCGCUCCAUCUGGCGUCACUGCCUCUACCCAGAAUAUCCUCAUGCUGAGCAAUCUCAAUCUGGAAAGCAAUCAAAAAUUCAAUGCCCUGCAGCAACAGGAGGCGCAGUUGGUGAUUGCAGCGCAAAUGAAGAACCAGGAGAGGACCCUUCUGGAGAUGCAGAGGCGCCAGGAGAGCCAGGACCGAAAAUUCCAGGCCCUAAUCAAACAGCAACUGCAGCGCCAGCAGCAAAUGGAGGAGCACAUUAAGGUGCAGCAGGAGCGGAUCAACAUGCACAUUCAGCUGAUGAUGUCACAACCUGUGCAUGUCCAGGAAGUGGUCUCCGCACCCGCGCCCCUUGAUAAACCGGAAACGGAAACGAAGGAGACCAAAAAGGCGGCCAGUCAAGAGCAGGAGCACUUGCUCCUACUCGAAAUGGAUGCCAAGCGGAAUCUGCUGGAGAAGCAGCGACUGGAUGAGCUGGUGGCCAACAUGAAGGUCAACUAUGAGCAGGAGAUCGAAAUGAUCGAUACCUCCUAUAAGAAGCAAAUAAAGGUGCUGGAGGAGCACUUGUCCGCCGUCGAAGAUCGUCUUAAAUUAGAGAACGCGGAGUUACGCCAGUACUACACCGACAAACUGGAGAAGCAGAAGGAGGACUACGUGGAGCAGAUCUCCAACCUAAGGAACGAUCAUGAGGAUGAGGUGCGCAAGCUGCGUCAGUCCCACGAACUUGAUCUCGAGGGAAUUCGUCAGGCCAAGAUGCUGGAGCUCUCGGCGGUGCAGGAUCACGGCAACUACCUGGAGACGCUUCGCCUGGCCUCCAGCAAUCUUCAAGAGCUUCGUGAUGGGAUGAGUGGCAACCAGGAAAAGGAACGCCAGCUGGAGGCGCGGGAACGUCGAUUGGCCGACCAGGAGAGGCGUUUAAGGAUGGACGAGGAGACGGCCGACGAGGAGAAGCGCCGCCUGAUGGAACUGGUGAGCACGUUGGAGCUGCAGCUGGGCCGCCUGUCCAAGGACUCCGCCGAGGAGAACUGGCAGCUGCGUCAGCGCAUGUCCAGUUUGGAGGCGGAACGCAAGGCUUUCGAGCGCGAAAAGGAAUUCCACCGCGAGCAAAUGAAGCGGGAUGAGAAGCGAGUGGAGGACCUAAAAUCCCUCCAGUUGGCGGAGACAGAGCGACUGCACCACGAUCUCCAGCAGGAGCGCAACCAACUGGCAGUGGAACGCCAACAAAUGGAACUGAGGCAGCAGCUCCACGAGCACGGCGACCUAGACAAGGAUCGCCGGGAGCUGGAGGCCCAGCUGCAGGUGGCCCGCGAGGCCAUCCGGCGGGCGGAUGAGGAGCGGGAUCGCUGCCACAAGCUACAGCGCGAGGUGGAGCAGCGCAAACGCCUGCUUCUGGACAAGGAGAACGCCCUGAAUCUAAAGGAGGACGAACUGGCCCAGGCCACCGGCGCCUAUCGAAUGGCCACCAGUCGCACUCACCUGGCCGAGCACAAGGCUCGCGAAGCGGACCAGCUGCUCCAGGCCAAGCUCAAGAUAAUCGGCAAGCGGGCCCACGAUCUCGGCGAGAAGGAGGCCCAGCUGGCCCAGGAACGAAUGCUUUUGGCGCAGGAUCGCAUCGCCCUUGUUAAUCUGAAGAAGCAGAUUCUACGCAGCAGAUGUGCCCUGUGCAAAAUGGGAGCUGAGUCUGCAGAAAUCGCAGUGCGAAGGGGUAAUAAUAACCUCCAGACAACCACGGACCAUCAGUUGCCGCAAAUGAUCACCAGCAGUGCGGAUCUCCUGCUCAAAAUGUCCGCUCAAGAACCGGGACAGGUUCAAAGUGACAUUGUGGAGCGAAUGCUGGACGAAAACAUCGAGGCCUCCUACCGCAGGAUGUACAAUGCUCCACCCAGUAGUUCCCUCGACGAUGCUGAUUACGGACUUACUGGUGGGCUGGACGAUGACUCCAAAGUGGCCAUGGAUCACGGCAGGAACCUGGAUCUGGAUGAGGCAUUUUUGGCCAACUUUAAAUAGAGACUUAUUCGGGAGUGUCACUUUAAAAGACUUCAAUUAUAACAAUAGAAUCU